AUGUCCAAUGGCAGCUCCAUCACCCAGUUCCUCCUCCUGCCAUUGGCAGACACACGGGAGCUGCAGCUCUUGCACUUCGGGCUCUUCCUGGGCAUCUACCUGGCUGCCCUCCUGGCCAACGGCCUCAUCAUCACCACCAUCGCCUGUGACCACCGCCUCCACACCCCCAUGUACUUCUUCCUCCUCAGCCUCGCCCUCCUUGACCUGGGCUCCAUCUCCACCACUGUCCCCAAAGCCAUGGCCGAUUCCUUCUGGGACACAAGGGCCAUCUCCUAUGCAGGAUGUGUUGCACAGGUCUUUUUCUUUGUUUUCUGUGCUGCAACAGAGUUUUAUCUUCUCACUGUCAUGUCCUAUGACCGCUACGUUGCCAUCUGCAAAGCCCUG